AUCGAGUUGCCCCCCAUCCGGAAACCCCGUUCAAUUCCCACACAGCAAAACUUGGGGCUGCACUUUUCCCGUCCGCCCGCUGCAGAGUUAGAGGAGAAAGCGGGCUUUAGGAAGCUCGGUAUGGGUUUAUAAAGUUUUGUAGAGGCGCUGAACACCGCGGACCGAGACUUUUGAGCCCCUGCGGAGCGGGUAUUUGAGUGGAGGCAGCGGAGGAGGUGCAGAUGUGCUCGGACUGAUCUCGGGACUGUUGUUGUAAACAUGCAGCCUCCGCCGAGGAAGGUGAAAAUUACCCAGGAGCUGAAGCACACGCAGGCAGAGCAGCUGAGCAGGCUCAAUGUGAAACAUCAGACUGACUGUGACCUUCUGGAAGACCUGAGAACGUACAGUCAGAAGAAGGCAGUUAUAGAGAAGGACUAUGCUCAGGCACUACAGAAACUGGCCUCUCAGUAUCUGAAGAGGGACUGGCCUGGGGUCCAAUCAGAGGAGCAGAAAGACUACAGGAACGUUUGCACAGUAUGGAAGGCGUAUUUGGAGGGUGUGGUGAAAGUGACCCAGUCUCGGAUCAGUGGCUGUGACAGCUACAGGAACCAAGUCUCUGAGCCAAUCAAAACCUUCCGGGUCCACAAAGAGCAACAGCUAAAGAAGUCUAUUGAGCAACUCACACGGAUUCAAGCAGAGCUACAGGACACAGUAAAGGACCUGACCAAGUCCAGGAAGAAGUACCAGGAGGCAGAGCAGAUGGCCCAGGCCGUGAGGGAGAAGGCAGACAUGGAGGCUAAGUCAAAACUCAGUCUUUUUCAGUCUCGAUCCAGUUUAAAAAGAGCCAGCGUGAAGUUGAAAGCCAAGAAGAACGAAUGCAACUCCAAAGCCACCCAUGCCAGGAACGAUUACCUGCUCACGCUGGCAGCAGCCAACGCCCACCAAGGCCGUCACUACGAGACGGAUCUGAUCAGCUGCAUUAAGAUUCUGGACGGCAGUGUGUACGAUCACAUGAAGGGCUAUCUGGUUUCUCUGUGCCAGGUAGAGCUGGAGGCGUCCCACACCGUGCAGGACACCUUCAACUUCCUGCUGGAGAAAUCCACUGGAGUAAUUCAAGACUUCCACCAGGAGCUCUUUAUCCAGGAGAACCCUGUGUUACAGAAAGGCUCCCUCUUCCAGUUCCAACCCUGUGAAAAUGACUCAGUAAUACAACUACAGAAAGAAACUGGCACAGCGGAGGAGCACAGUCUGAAUAAAGAGGCUCGAAAGUGGGCCACCAGAGUCGCCCGGGAGCACAAGAACAUUAUCCAUAAUCAGCGGACUCUGUCAGAUUGUGAAGGACCACCUCAGCAGGAGCAGAACUCCAGUGAGUUGGAGCUGAAGAUGGAAGAAGCAAAGGAGAGCAUCCGUAAAGCGGAGACGGUGAAGCUGAAGGCUGAAGCUCGUCUGAACCUGCUCAGAGAUGUGGGCGUGGCCGUGGACACAUGGAUGAAGAGCGCCAUGAACCAGGUGAUGGAGGAGCUGGAAAAUGAGAGAUGGGCCACACUGACCACUCACGACGCUUCACUCUCUAGCACAGCAGAUCUGGACAGAGAGGAUGACGAGGAGACCGAGGAUACGGAAACGCUGGACGACAGCAGCUCCAGUCCUUCUAGCACCCUGAGGAACUAUCCCCUCACCUGCAAAGUGCUUUACUCAUACCAGGCGUCCCAACCAGACGAGUUAACGAUUGAGGAGCAGGAAGUGCUGGAAGUCAUAGAUGAUGGUGAUAUGGAAGACUGGGUUAAGGCCAGAAACAGAGCAGGUCAGGUGGGGUAUGUUCCUGAGAAAUACCUCCAGCUGCCCUCCUCUAACAGCCUGCUGAGCAUGCUCCAGUCUCUGGCAGCCCUGGAAACUCGCUCCCAUUCCUCCAGUAACUCCACCGAGCAGGAGCCCGAGCAUGCCCCCGAGCCUGUCCCCGAGCAUACCCCCGAGCCUGUCCCCGAGCAUGCACCCACCAGCCCUAACGGAGACAACAGCGUGAACUUUGCGAAGGCGCUGUACGACUACGAGGCUCAGACCGAGGAUGAGCUCUCCUUCCCUGAGGGAGCCAUCAUCCGCAUCCUGAACAAAGACAACCAGGAGGACGACGGCUUCUGGGAGGGAGAGUUUAAUGGCAGUGUUGGGGUCUUCCCUGCUGUGUUAGUGGAAGAUCUGGCUGCACCGAAUGGCGAGGACACUAACAGUAGCAUGGAACCACAGGUUUCUCCGAGCUCCCAGGGCCGCCCGCCCCGCCCCCUGUCUAUGACUCAGUACCAGCCGACAGCCUGCAGCAGCCCCAUCUCCAGCCCUCUACAAACCCCUACACUGACCUCACCCCUCUCCACCCCGACCAGCGCCUCAGCCUCCCCCCUCCAGAGCCCGCGCUCCCUCAACGGCUACCACCGACCCGCACCCGGACCCCCCAAAUCCUCCGGCCACAGCCACUCCCACAACUCCACCCCGCCUCCUAAAUACCCUGCAGAUGGAGGGCCUGGUACACUGAGACCUGUGCGUGCAGCACCUCCACCACCUCCACCCAAACAGCAGGCUCAGGGCCAGGUGCAGAAGAGAGAAGAGGUGGAGAUCACGCUGGUGUGAAGUCGCCGCCCCAGUGGCCACAUGGUGAUUUGACAGGACUGCUGUCGUGGCGGUUUCUGGGCCUGUAGGAACAUUCGGAUUACGCCGGAGUCUGGCGUCCAAAUCCAGCUAGGAACAAAGGCAACGAGGAACAGCCGGUCGGAUGCAUCUGGAAUGCAUUUUGGAGACCGCAGAGUUUCACCAUGCUAAAGGCACAGUCACGGCCGUCGCCCCACGGGACCCAAUCCCAGCCUCCUCCUCCCCCUCCUCCUCCUCCUCCUCCCCUACAGCUUACAGCUACAUACAUCUUUCUCUCUCCUAUAAGAACACAAUGAUCUUCUCUACAGUAAAGUUGACUUUGUCGACUGCAGACUUACUUGAUGACUCAGUGAAUGAGAACAAUGGAACACUAGGAGAUCAAUGAAAAGCCAAUGGAUCAGACUCAACAACAACAACAAAAACCCCUGUUUGUUUUGCUGGAUUGGAGGUCGUCCAGUGGGGCAUUUCAGAAGAAUCUAGCACAUUCAAAUAAACACAAAAAAGGGGUCAACUGCUCAACAGCAUUGGCGAAUAGGCCGAUCUGGUAUUCAGCUCUGGUGCCCACUUCCUGUGGAAACCCACAUUCACAGCGUGGCAGGGGGCUGGCUUCCCCAGCCAAGGACUUGGUCAGAAGAAAAAGGACUUCUUAAAGGGAAAAGUGGCAAUUUUAAGGUAGUACGUUUUAGAUGAUUUGACGAAUUUUGUAUGUUUACUUCGGAUAUAUCUCUCUCUGUAAACACUCAGAACACUGCUUUGUGUGGAAACUAAUUCAAAGUGAGCGUCUUGAACCUAAUGUUAGCUUUCUCUGUGGUCAGUCAGUAUUGUUUUCUUCGUUUAUGGUUUGAUUUAUGAUUUCAUUAUCAGGACGAGACUGUCCGAUGUUGACCGAGACGGCUGUGGGAAGUGUUGGAAAGAGCUAUGUUUUAGGAAAGAGCUAGUGAAGCCACAUUUCUCUAAUUCCUGAGCUGUGCAGCUCUCAUAAAGCUGGAGUCAAUUAUUGGAACAGAUUUUCUUGACGAGGCUCAAAAAGCACUUUAGUGUUAAAAGUUUUAGGGCAUCUCAGUAUUACUGCUUACGGAGUCGCUCUGCUCCGAACCCAUUACUCAUUACUGUUCAUGCUGCUUCUCCUUGUUCGUAGUUUCAGUUCCUGUCUUCGUUCUGGUUAAUGUAAUUUAUUUCCAUAACGAGUUACGUUUAGUUACGUCGGCUUGAUUUGAUUGCGUAAUGUUUGUUUCCUAAUACGUACUUGUCUUUUUUCCUUUCUUUAACACUACGUUCUUUAAAACGAUAGUUUACAGAUGGCUUGAGGCAUAGAGUAACACUAUGUAACAGUGAACUUAAAGCAUUUUUAAAGGAUAAAAUUAUAAGAAGAUGAGAAUAUGAAUAGUAGUUAGUUAGAGAAGCUUUAAAUCCUGUCCUGUUGUCGAUAUGUUUGAGAUCUGUUGCUCGUUACUGGAAUCCUUUUAGUCGUCCUCCAGGUUUCGUAGCACCUCCUCUGUAAGUUGUCUCCUUCGUCUGAAAGUGAUACUCGCAGCCGUGUGGACGUUCGGGUCUCAGCGUUGUUUGAAAGAAACAGGAACAAAGGAGAAAAUCUGUUUGUAUUUAUCAUGUGCAAAUGUAAAAUAAUAAAAACUCUCAAUGAAAUGUC